CUUUAAUUAAAACUCUUUCCAAUUUUUAAUUUAUUUAUCUUCCUUUAAAUUCAAUCCUCAGAUCUUUGUAAGAGUCAUCCAUAUCAUACCUUUCACUUUCCUAAAGAAAAUUGGAACCUGCCUCUGUUGUUAAAGUUUGUAUUUUUUUUUGAGUGGGGUGGAUUGAGAGAACUGUGCAAGCUUUGGAACUUCUUCAAAGUCUGGUACUUCAAUGGCUACUGAAGAGGUUAAUAAACUUCAAUCACUUCCUCCUUACCCUGAGAUGAUAGUGAAAGCACUUGAAGCCCUGAAUGAGGCUGAUGGAUCGAGUAAAUCAGCGAUAUCAAAGUACAUAGAAACCACCUACGGUGAGUUGCCAGAUGAAACUGUUUUGGGGAGUCACCUGAACAAGAUGAAAGAGAGUGGAGAGCUUGCCUUCAAACAGAACAAUUACAUGAAAGCUGAUCCAAAUGCCCCACCAAAGAGGGGACGUGGAAGGCCACCAAAGCCAAAGGUUCCAUUGCCACCAGGCACUGUUGUGUCCCCUCCAAGGCCAAGGGGUCGUCCCCCAAAAGACCCUAAUGCCCCUCCUAAGUCCCCUAAGGCUAAGGCCACCCCUGCCACUGGCAGGCCAAGAGGAAGGCCUAAGAAGGUUGCUCGCUCACCGGCCGUGCCGUCUCCCACCGCCGUCUCCACUGGAAGGCCUAGAGGCAGGCCUCCCAAAGUGAAGCCUCAGUUGACAGAAGUCAGUGUUGAGUCAUAGAAUGGUUUCUUUCUUUCUUUCUAAUUGAUGUCAAAUGUAGUGAUCUACUCUUGUCGAAGUGAUGGUGGGUGUGGUCUUAGAUAUUGGGUCAAUUUAAUUUCUUUGUAAAAUUAAGUAGUGGUAGCUUGCUUAUUAUGAGGCUUUGUCUUGGUUAUUCUUGCUAAUUACUACCAAAGAGAACAGUGACUUGAGCUAAUGGUGAUUUGGUUUCUCGUGGUGUGUUCUUUAGUUCUAACUUAUAAAUCCAUAAUGUGGAAGGAAAAUGGAUGUCUUUCAGAGUUUAA